AUGACGAGUAAUCCUCGUUUAAUCAGUGGUGUGGGGACGCUUGGAGAUUCAAGAACAUAUGAACCUGAAGAUGAUUUCGAAGGAUUUACAACGCCCGAGAAACUAAACGGAACGGAGAAUCUCUUUAUACGCCCUCCAGCAAAAGAAAUAGGCAUAAUGAACUACUCACCUAAGCAUUCAAAAAAGCCAAGUUCAUUGGGAAGUAGAAAUAUGAAGAAUCUUUCCCUUAAUUUGCUAGAUAGUGAUAAUUCUAGAUUUGAUGAGGGCGACUCUAACACAACCGAUUCCUAUUCAAGCAUAAAUCCACUGGCAGACCUUCGCAGAAACUUGACUCUCUCUAUUCCAAGCACAGAUGAAAAAGAGAUGCUGCAGCUUGCCAAUCCAUUGGCUAUGAAAACACCUAACAAUGACCCUUCAGUUACUCACGCUAAAUCCAAAAGUUAUACAGAUGACUUUAAAAAUAUUAAUAGUCAUAAAAAGUCUUUUGAAGAUGUUCCUUUCAAGUUCCCAGCUCAAAAAUCAGACAUCGAUCAAUCUAUGAAUCAAAGUCAUAUAGACUAUCCUAAUUUGAAAAGUCCUUUGUUUACCAAAGAAAUAGAAAGUUCAAUUAUAUCAAAGUUUUCUCAAAUGUCCAUUUACAAUACGGGUCAGUUACCAGAAGAAUUACAAGAGUCUAAUCAAUUAGAUGCUUAUUUAUCAGGGCCAGCUAAUGUUUUGAAUGAUACGCUUUAUUUGUACUCUGACCCUCUCUCGGGCCCAAGUAAGGUUGACAUAAAUCUGUAUGAUUUGGUGAUAAAUGUUGCUAAAGAAUGCGAGGAUUUAUCGCCAAUGUUUGACCACCAAAAUGGAUCAAAAGAAUAUCUAUAUGUUCCAUGGUCUCACACUUCUUCUAUUCUGAAACAAUUGUCAAGAAUAACCCAAAAAAUCCUGCAAUAUGAUGACAGUCAGAAGACAGAGGGAAAGAGAAAAAUUUUGGUACACUGUCAAUGUGGCGUUUCCAGAUCAGCUUGCGUAGUUGUUGCAUAUUUUAUGUUGAAAUUUGAUCUUGGUGUUAAUGAGGCUUAUGAACUCUUAAAAUCAGGGACGAGUAACGUAAAUGAAUCCACGAACCGAAACUUAAGACAGAAAGGCUAUUAUAUCGAGGCCUGUGACAAAAUUUGUCCUAAUAUGAGCUUAAUAUUCGAACUAAUGGAAUUUGGUGAUAGUAUGCGUAAAUCUAAAACACUUACUUCCCAGUAG